AUGGAAUAUAGAAAGGAUGAACAAAUGGUAAUCCAAGAAUCAGAUAAUGAAGAAGAAUUACCUUUUUAUAUAGAACAAGGAAGUUCAAGUAAAUCAUUUAGAACAUUCAAUAUAGGAACAACAAGUUUUGGAAAACAAUUUGGUUUAAUACCUGAUAAAUUUAAUAUAAAUAUACCUCCAUUUGGACAAUCAAAACCAUUGACAGGAUUUGAAGAAACAGGAUUUGAAGAAUCUGAAAUAUUUGAAGAACCUUGGAUAAAUAAACCUUUAGAAAUAAA